AUGACGAGCCAACAAGUUCGUGCACACGGUCACCAUGGCCACCACCAUCACCACCACGAUAAUGCAUACCUUACCUCUAAAAAUAAAGAUGAUCCCGGGGUAAGGAUCACGCGAAUUGGGUUGCUGGCCAACCUUGCCAUGGCAGUUGGCAAGGGGUUCGGAGGCUAUGUGUUCCAUUCUCAAGCCUUGGUUGCCGACGCGUACCACGCUCUCACAGACCUCGUCUCGGAUUUCAUGACAUUAGCGACCGUAUCUUGGUCCCUCAAACCGCCAUCGUCAAAAUUUCCCACGGGAUAUGGAAAGGUGGAAACAUUGGGUGCUUUGGGCGUCAGCAGUCUGCUUUUAUGUGGGGGAUUUUUGAUGGGUUUAAAUGCGGUGGAAAUUUUGCUCACUCAGUGCUUUCCUGAUAUUGCCGAGACAGCCGCUCACCUAGGCCUGCUUGGACAUGGCCAUUCACACUCACACGGCCAUCACCAUGGUGCUGCUCUUGGCCCUAACAUCAAUGCCGCCUGGUUAGCUGCUGGUUCAAUUGUUGUCAAAGAAUGGUUGUAUCGUGCCACUAUGAAAAUUGCCAUUCAGCGCAAGUCGUCUGUGCUCGCCUCGAAUGCUGUUCACCACCGUGUUGACUCCCUCACAAGCAUUGUUGCCCUUCUAACCAUUGGUGGCGCCCAUGUUUUCACGGAUGCAUCUUGGUUGGACCCUGUUGGAGGAUUAUUAAUUUCAUUGAUGGUGAUUCGUGCAGGAUGGGGAAACACAAAAACAUCUUUAUUUGAAUUGGCUGACAUGGGUGUCGACCAGGAGAUGAUAGAUUCUGUCCGAAAGUCAACUCUCAAAGCAUUGGCAACUACACCAAAUGGAUCUGAUGUGGAAAUUCGGGACAUUCAAGGCAUCAAAUCUGGCCCCAACUAUCUCAUGGAUAUUGAAGUGUCAGUUCCAGGAAGUUGGUCUGUGGACCAUACCCGUUAUAUUGAGGGAUUAGUACGGGAUCGGGUUGGAUCGCGCGUUCGGGGCGUUAAACGAGUGAAGCUGCGGUUUACUCCAAAUGCUGAGAAGGAAAUCACGUUUGCUGAGGAGUUUUUUGCGCCAGAUGUCAGCCCUCGCAGCAGUCCCGAACCAGAGAUGGAGGGGAAUGGUAUCGAAACGGCCACAAGCCAGGAAAAACAGCCGGAGCAAAAUGGUGUCAGAAAGCGAGGGUGA